AUGGAUUCGAGUGAAAACCCGAAACGUCAGGACAAUAAGUUUAUUGUACCACGAAUCGAAUAUUCCUCCUCUUCUUAUGCCAGGGACUCCUUUCCUGUCAAUCUCAAUCACGUAACCUGGAAUUUUAAAUUCUGCCUCACUAAUCUCUGCAUUGUCGGCGAGUCCUUCUCGGAAAAGUCCUUUGACGACUGGGUAGAUUAUUGGACCCUCAUAUUUCCGAAAGUUACUCCAGAAGCUAUUGUUGAUUAUGCUAAAAAAUAUCACGGAAGUAAAGAGGAACGUGAUGAUCUUAUUGAGCUUUAUAAUAAGCACCAAGGUGACAUGGAUGCCAUAAUGGACUCAAUGAUCCUGGCUGAGGCUGAUGAUGAAGAUAGAAUUCGAAAAUUGAUCGAAGAUCUCCUGGCCGAAAAAGUGCUGGAACCGUUAGAUGCCUUUGUCAAUGAGCCACCCAAGAAAAGGGCAAACCGCCUAAAGCGUGCCCUUAAGGAGGCAAAUGAUUGUUCAGAGGAAAAGAAAAAAACACGAAAGGAAGGUGCUUCGACAGAUUCUCUAGUCUUAGCUUUACAAGCAAACCAGAAGAGACGUCUUGCUGAAUCGGAAAAUUUGCUUGACAAAUUAACGGAGAAGUACUGCAAGCCACAGGCCAAACGGAAAACCCCCAGGAAGUAA